AUGUUGUUUUACUCUUUUUUCAAGUCUCUUGUAGGAAAAGACGUAGUUGUAGAAUUGAAGAAUGAUCUAAGUAUCUGCGGAACAUUGCAUUCAGUAGACCAGUAUCUAAACAUAAAAUUGUCGGAUAUUAGUGUGAUUGAUCCCGAUAAGUAUCCUCAUAUGUUAUCAGUCAAGAAUUGCUUUAUCCGAGGAUCUGUAGUUCGAUAUGUGCAGCUACCAGCAGAUGAGGUAGAUACCCAACUUUUACAAGACGCGGCCAGGAAAGAAGCAACAGUAUCAACAAGAUGA